UAAGCGUUAUAAGAAUCGACUUCAAAUCAGCGUAACGGACUUGGUUAUUAAAUUCAUAAGCUGAAUUUUAUUGACUUUUCCAUUAUGUUUCCAAGAUAUUUAUAGGUACAUGUAUUUAAAUUUUUUAUGUUCUUACGAAGAUGAUUGUUUUUCUGAUAAUAGGUAUAAUUGCAGUAGUUGACUGUCUGGAACCACUGGCAGACAACAACAUAGAUGAAGAAACAAAAACUACAUUAUAUAAAUACAUUAAUUCAAUACCAGAUAUAAAAUCUCGUUACGUUAUCGAUGAUUCACUAACCAAAAUAAUAGAUUACUAUUUUAAAGGGAAAAUUAACACCUUACCUCUAUACAAGUUAAGUUUGACUAUAGACAGGGAUCCAGUAAAGAUCCCAUGGUCUACGGACCAAGCAGACACUCACAACGAGAAUGAAAUACAAAAAGCUCUGAAUGAGCAAAACGACAAAAAAACGAAGGGAAAACAUUACAAAGUGAAAAUGAUAUCGAAAUUGGCGAUGGGAAAGAAGAAACGAACAACCGAGAAGCCAAUAACGACGGAAGCGACAUCUGGACCGUCCACCGCGUGAUCUGUGUCCGGCGAAGUAGAAUAAAACAGGAUAUUUGUAUGGUUA